CUCCGCCAAACGAGGGAAGCAGGUGGGUUGGGAGGAAGGGGAGCGGCUGUUCGCUAAACCAAACCUGGAACCGCCGCUAACUAACGCGAUCAGGAGACCGCUGUUGCUGAGCGCUCCUCUGGAAGGAGCAAAGCGGCGGUUUUGUGGCGGCAAGCGAGCUCUAUCGGUGAAAUAAAACAGCGAGGCCAGUGGUUAUGAGGGUGGAGGAGUGAGGGUGUGGUAGCGAUUCGUCAGAAGAUAAGCGCGAGGCCGGGUAAAGAUGUUGGAGACGGAUGCCGACCCGGCGGGUGGAGAGGUCGAGGAAGAUGUGGAAGCAGAUAUGGGCAGCAGAGACUUGAAGGCAGAGGUGAUGCGGCUCACCCUGGAGCUCCAAGAGGCGACGGAUGAAAAGCUGCAGGCCGCUCGGUACGGGCUGGUGGUGUUGGAAGAAAGCGCCGCUCUCAAGAUGAAACACACGCAACUGGAGGAGGAACACGAGUCCCUAAAGCUGGAGCUGCAGCAGCUCAGAGAGGCUUUUGCAGAUUCUGUGAGCAGCCAGAAGCGUGCAGCUGCUGAUGGAGAGUGUCGGGAAGAGAGCCUGCUGCAGGAGACGGCCUCCAAAGAGGCUGCCAUGGCAACCCGGAUGGAGGAAGUUCAGGCUGAGCUCAAACAGACGCGUCUUGCUCUGGGCAACGCCCACGCAGAGCUCGACAGGCUGGGGGGGCUCUCCACCCAGCUUAAGAAGGAAUGUGAAUGUCUGGAAGCAGAGAAGAACCAUUUGAGGGAUGAAAUGAAGGAAUAUAAAGUACGUGAGCUGCGUCAGCUACAGGACAACGGCGAGCUGGAAGAAGAAAAUAUCUCCUUACAGAAACAAGUGUCUGUGCUAAAGGAAAACCAGGUGGAGUUUGAAUCAAUAAAGCUUGAGCUAUCCCAGAAGAACGAAGAGCAAGAUGAGCUGCGAGCGCAGCUGGAAGAAGCCGCGAGGCUGAGGGAGAUCGCGGAGCGGCAGCUGGACGAGGCCCUGGAAGCGCUGAAGGAGGAGCGGGAGCAGAAGAACAGUCUGCGGCGGGAGCUCUCCGCCCUGACCCUCAACCCGUUCGACUCUGUGGGGAACCUGGAGCUCCAUUUGGACCGGCUGGACGACAGCCAGGAGGAGGGCCAUGGAGGGGAGGGCGACGCUCAUGAAGAAAACCAGGACAGCAGUCACACCAACGGAUCUGCGUCUGCGCCCAGCUCCAAAAGCAACGGCCUCGUCCAUCGCUACUCCACGCCGCGCAACAGCGACGUUUUCCUGCGUGCUCCAGCCUCAGGCCUGGUGUCUGACCUGCUGAGUGAGCUGCACUUUUCAGACAGUCAGAAACUAAAGCAGCAGCUGCUACAGGCAGAAAGGGAGAAAUCCAGCCUGGGUAGCAAAGUGGAGGAACUGCAGAUGCAGUUGAUGAUGUCCAAACAGGCUCUAAGUCAGCAGGAAGACAAGGUUGGCGCUCUCACUCAGCAGCUGGAAGCUGCGCAAAGUAGUCCGCGUCCAAACCCGGAGGCAGAGGAGAGGCAGAAGGUGGAAACCGGAGAGGACGGCAGUGAGGGGUUCGACUACGAGGUGGACACUAAGAGCAAAGAGGUGCUGGAAGCACGAAUGCGCGCAGCCAGCGAACAGCUCCUGAAGCUGCGAGACGAACUCUCCCAGGCGGGUGCGCGGUACAACACCCUCGAGCAGAGAUACAAGCAGGAGAAGGAGCGCUGGAGGGGCGAGGCCCAGGAGCUGGCCGACAAGAUCCGGCAGUGCAUCAAGUCCAGCAAGCAGGAUCAAGAGCGCAUCGGCGAGCUGGAGAAGGAGAUCGGAGCCACCCGGAAAGUGGCGACCGAUUCUGAAGGGCAUCUGAGCGUCGCUCAGGAGGAGCUGUUGGCUUUCUCCGAGGAGCUGUCCAACCUCUACCACCACAUCUGUGUGUGCAACAACAUCACGCCCAAACGGGUCACCCUGGACUACUACCGGGACAGCGCUAGGGGUGGUGGCGGAGGAGGAAUGCGGAGGUCACACUACGUCUUCGCCCAACACAACGCUCAGAAGAAGCCUCGGGCAAACGACAUGUUCAUCUCCAAAGCUGCGGCGCUGCAGUUCAUGGGCGAGGUGGACAGCGCAGGAUCCAGUGCAGACUCGCUGACCUGUCCCGGAUCCCCCACUCUGGAUUUCAGGGACCCGUCCAAUGUAUCCAACCUGGUUGCUGUCAUCCGCUGCCAGAUCAAGCACCUCAGGGUGGCUGUGGACCUCUGCCGUCAGAGAGGAGCGAUGCCGUACUCUGGGCUCAGCAGCAGCGAGGAGUCAGAGCGGGAUACCGAAAGCCUUUUGGAGGAAGUCCUAAAACUCAAAUCCCUUCUCAGCACGAAGAGAGAGCAGAUCGCAACCCUGCGGACUGUCCUGAAGGCAAACAAGCAGACGGCUGAGUUGGCCUUGUCUAAUCUGAAAACCAAGUAUGAGACGGAGAAGAGCAUGGUGUCGGAGACCAUGAUGAAACUGAGGAAUGAGCUCAAAGCCCUGAAGGAGGACGCCGCCACCUUCUCGUCUCUCAGAGUCAUGUUUGCCAGCAGGUGCGAUCAGUACGUCACCCAGCUGGACGAGAUGCAGAGGCAGCUUGCCGCUGCUGAGGACGAGAAGAAGACUCUUAAUUCCCUCCUGCGCAUGGCCAUCCAGCAGAAACUGGCCCUCACUCAGCGUCUGGAGGACCUGGAGGCCCCUCAGGCCCCCCGCAGCCUGAACAGCAGCCCCCGGCGCUCCCGGGCCAAAGAGCUAGCCGCCAAGUCGGGCCGGGCCUCCCGCAGCCCCCGCAGCAGCCCCGGCAGGCCCCAGCUGAGGAGCAGUCCGCGGGCCAGCCCCGUCCUCGGCAGCAGCGUCCCCGCCUCGGCCACCCACCACUUGCGAGCUCUAACCCGAAGUCUCCACACAAGCCCUCGCUGAAACACUCCCACCAUCACUCCAAAACCCCUCUGCUCCAUCAGGACCAGUCUUCAUCUUGUGACUUCCCCUCCACCCGGCUAAUUCCUCCAUCCUCCCUGCUUGACCUCAGACAUCCUGUCCAUCCCAGAUAUGACGCUGCAUUAAUCCCUCUCCACCAUGGAGUGAAAAAAAUCUGAAAAGAUUUAAAAAAAGACAGAAUCUUCCAUCCCAGCCUCUUGGUGUGGAGAAACCUGCAUGCAUCGUGGAGGAGGAUGAAGAGUCUAACCUGCCGCUCAUUUCUCUCUCUCUUCUCUCACUGACUGUGUCUGUUUUGUCUUUUUCAACACGGUGUAUUGUGGUGAACCAUCGACAGUAUUUAUUCCAUAAACAGAAUCCUUCUUGUACAGUAUUUGCUAUCCUCUGACUCAGAAACAAGGCUGUGAUCUGUUCUCUGGAGGCAUUAACGUCUUCGCACCCUCUUGCCUUUAACCUGGCAACCUUGUCCGGCCUGUUAGGCGUUCUUUAGCAUCGAAAAGACUUUAGCUUUAGGGUUUCUCCCAGAAAACCUGCUAAGCCCGGUGGUUUGGCGCCAGGGCAUUUAUUCGUCCAGUGGCCCGUCGUAUUUUUGAGUUAAUAAGUGUUUAAAGUUGACAAGAAAUGUGAAAAUAUCACUUUAUAAUUAUGUGUUAUUAGAAGAUUAAAACCAAAACACCAACUACAAAGUCUUAAAAAUGAAAAAAAAAAGAAAAAAAAGCAAUGCUUAGCCUGGUGGGGGCACAUGUAAAGCCUGGUGGCCUGCCAGGCUUAGAAAGCACUGGGGGAAACCCUGAGCUCGUCUAGAAUGAUCGUCUCUUAAAAUGAGCGGCGGACAUUUACCGACAGAUCUCAGUGGAGCUCGCUGUUGUCGUCUAACUCCUACCUGUCUUGUUUUACCUUCUGUCUUUCCUUGCCUGUCAGCUACACCCUUUAACUAGAGGUCAGUAAACAAGGUUGUUUUUUUGUGGAAAUAGAUCAGCCAUAACGUCACCGCCUCAGGUCAGAACCAUAAAUAAUCAGUUUGAGAAGUCUUCAGUGGAGGUCUUACUUUACAAACUAUGCAGACUGGUGCCUAUUUCCUGCCUGACUUUUGGUUCAACACUGGCUGCGUUUCCAUUACAAAUGUGCGCAAAUCUUGAAUUUUACUUUGUAAAAUUUAUUUAUUUUUUUUAAGAUAGGGAGGUGAGCCGAGCUCACUCAUCCUCCAGGGACCCAUGGAAAACAUAAAAAACCUCAAAUAAAUAAAGCAAUGUUUAGCCUGGUGGGGGCACAUGUAAAGCCUGGUGGCCCGCCAGGCUUAUAAAGCCCUCAGAAGCACUAGUGACUUUACCAGGACGUCCUGGUGAAUGCCUCGGUCGAAAAGACCCUGUGAAAGAGAAAGUACAUUUAAGAUUUGUUGAAUUAACAUCCUCACCUGGAAUAAAUAGAAUUUUGUGUUUCCGUCACACACAAGAAUAAGUUUGUUCAUGCGAUAAGUCAUUAUAAAUUCUGCCGGUAGCGCUCACCAUCUAUCAGCCAUCAGAGGAGACGUUGGCGCAACAGACCUCUGCUAGAGCGGCUCUGUGUGCGGCAUUUUGGGAAAAUUGUUGCAAUUUUAUCGAAGAGCUAUGGAGUUAACAUUUUCAAACGAUAAAGCUUUUAUGAACUGUGCGAUGCUGUGGGAGAUCUGGUGGAGUCAGCUGCACAUUGUCCACAAAAACAAACUCUUAUUUCUAUUUCCUGUCAUCGACUUUGUUGUUUCUGCCAGUAGUAACAUCCGGUCGUCGAUCACAUGACCCGUGUGAUGCAAAUAUAAGUCUUUCCAUUGCAGUUUGGGAAUUACACAUGCAAAACCUAUAUUGAAAAAUGUGAGUUUCUCCCAAAUUGUCUUGUCUCUAUUAAGCAAAUUUAUUUUUGUAAUUUUGAUUUGCGUAUUUUUAUGUUUGAUGGAAACGCAGCUCCUGGCUGGCCGCAGCUUCGUUGAGAAAAAAAGCCAUUUAACGUCCUAACCAUCGAGCCGCUUUCGGGAGUUAUCUUCUGUAAGAAUCGCACUCAAUAUGAAGCAGCCCAGCAGAAGUUUAUAUAUUUCAAUUAAUUAAUUCAAAACAUAAAACUUUGGCUUUUAAGUUUGUUGCUUCAAGCUAAUGAAAUCCUAACAGUUUCUCAGAAAAUUGCAUAAGUCAGUGAAAUUUCUGCAACAAUGCAUGAAGGCGAUCACUGUGUGAGAAAUUGGCAGCUUUUCUAUAAUGUUAGAUUGUUUCUCUGCUAUUAGCACACCCACAGUUUUGAGCAGUGUGUACACAAGCAUGAUUGACACUCCUAAGACCCUUUUUUUAUGCCUGAGUGGUUUAGUUCUGCAAAUUGUGGUAAGACCACAAGGGGGAGUUUUCUUUUUCUUUUUUUCCAUAUAUUUAUUUAUUUUCACAGAUUAUCUUUCAUAAUUUAUCAGGAUUUAGUGAAAGUUUCAACAACUAUGUAAAAAAAAAUAAUUUUUCAUGACUGAAGCUAUAAAUUAGGUUUUGGUUUUUUUCCUUCCGUCUAACUUUCAGCUAAUGUGCUUAGCUCUGAACAGAUGACGAAUUUUGCAAAGACAUUUUGUUUCAACAACUGAUUGGUUCUUUUGUUCAUUUUGCGUAAUAUUAUAAUUUUCUGAGAAACAAUUUGGCUCUUCAUUAGUUAUGAGCCAUAAUUCUUAGUUACGUUUCAUAUUUUGAAAUGAUUUUCUGAAAUAACUGAACUUUUUAUUGAUCAUGGAUUUUAUUGGCAUGCAGCUGUGUGUUUUGACAGGUUGAAUUUAGAUAAAUUAACGUAACAUUUUCUUGUUUCUCCACUUUAUUGGCUUCCAUUAACACUUCAGUCUUUCUGCUCCUUAUUCUCUGCCACAGCUAAUCAACAAACAUCAACAUUAUGCAUUUCAGAUUAAAUAGUUCUGUGCUCUAAUGUAAAUGUAUAGUAAUCACAGUAAAGCUGCUGCUUGAGUCUGUUGUUUUCUAACUACUAUAGUGUCUCUUGCUGCUAGUGAAGUUUUUGCUUGUUGAACAUAAGAUUCCCCUGAAAACUUUAAAUCUAUUAAUUCAAUAUGCAGAUAGACUGCAGGUGGAUCAAUAAAAGUGCAUGAUUCUAUGAUAAAAGAUUUUAUUGUCGGGGCAUUUCUGUGAUCCAAGAGAGUCGCUUUAUUCUGAAGGGUUCGUUGACAUCAUCUGGAAAUCUAUCCCAACUUAUGAUAGAAAUAAUCAGAUAUUUUGAUUCUUAAUGAGGAAAUGUUUUAACAAUUUACUGACCAUUUGCUGCAAUAUCCUGCUUUUUCAUUUCUGUGCCUUGGUUUUUUUUCUUCUCCACAUUGUUCAAACACUGUAGCUUUUAUUGGUGUAAAAAUUUGUUUGAACUGCUUGAAGUUGAUUGAAGCUUUGACAAAGGUGACAUCUCCUUUUGGUAAAAUAUUUUCACUUUUUAGCUCCUUUGAGGAUGAAGUAAUCCUGAUAUGUUAUCUGCUGUAUUUAUCAUGGAAAAUUGCUGCUGUAUGAAAAUAAUAAUGGAAAAACGUUUAAUGUUCCGACUAAACAGUGAAAAUGCUUUAACAUAAUGUCAUGUUGCACUGAAGGUUGUAAAUUGAUCUAUUUAACUCACCCUGUGGAUAAUUUAUUGACCUUUGCUGUAUAAUAUUUUAACUGUAUUUAUGUGGUUUGCAUUUUCUGUAAAUCGACAUGAUGUCAUUCAAAACACUCCAAACAAGCUGUCUGAUGGUCCUCAACUUUUUAUGUGUAUGCAAGUUGACCUUUGUUGACCUCCAGAAGAAUAAAAAGCCAACACUGUA